AUGGAGGGUGGAGGACGGGAAGCUCGGCGUCAAAAGCGCCGCCGGGUUGAGCGGGGGCCACGAUCGAGAAAGGGUGAGUGCCAAAACUUGGCGAAAAUAAGCGUGCCUGAUGAAUGCUCCUCAGGUUGUCGGACUUGUAUAGGGAAGAAGGUCAAAUGCGACGAACAACAUCCAUCAUGUGGGCGCUGCAUCCGCCUUGAUCUAUCUUGCGAAUGGGCACCGGCGAAGCUGCCCCUGGCCUCAAGAAGACGCGGUCUAGGUCCUAUUAAGGACCGCUACUGCUGGAUACCUCAGGAAAUCAUGCCAAAAGUGCAUGGAAAUGAUACACGGAAUCUUGACGAUUUACGGGCCAAUGAUCGGGCGACGCCAGCCGUGCUUGCGGAUUCACUUCCAACGGAAGAACUCGACUGCCAGGAUGCGGCCGACUUUGCCCUCAUACCAGUUGAUUCUGUAUCAGCGGGUGACGACACAGCUAUCUUUCCGCCCGCUGUCAAUGUUUGGAGGCCAGACAUGUUCCCUGGCGACACUACGAUACUCCACAUCGACCCCAGCCUCCUUAUGGCAAGCCCUCAACUGGCCCUGUUCCCCUUCCUGUCAACAGAUUUUCUUUACUCAGCAACAUCCUUUUCCUUCACAAAUCCUCUAGACCCUGCUCCAUCGAUAGGUUGCGACGACUUCCAAGCGGUAACUUUUCACCGCACCGUUUUUGCGCCCCUGAAGUCAACCCGUGUUGCGGCUUUAUCUGCUCAUGCCCUGUUCCUCGAUCUAGCUGCCCAUAACCGGAUGGCACUUCACUUUCUCCUCGCCUUUUCUUACAGUGAACUUGCUAUUCACCAAGGCUUCGGCCACUGCCCUCCAACGGAAUCAUACCAGCAUUUUCAGCAGGGAUCGUGGCUGUUUACACAAGCACUUGGCUCCCGCAACCACAUCGCCGCGAUGAUUUCAUUUCUGUACCUGUUCAUGUUCUGGAUCCGACGGGAUCCGCUGGAUAUGUCAAGACUGAGAGAACUAAGCACCUUUAUUCUCGUUUACGUCAAGAGCUUUGGUCUAGAUGACCUGUGCGCCGGGGGCUCAACGCAGUCGGAAAACGUGAUUCUCUCUCGCAUCUUGACAUAUAUAUACGACCGGGACGUGUUCUGUGGCUUCUUUGGCAGCGGUGAGGUGUUUGCAGGAUUCGUAAGCGAGAACCAUGAGGAAAGAGCCCGGAUCUGGCAACUUUCGCGAUCGCCCUUUUCGUCGCUGGAUGAUCACGACGCGGUGUACACGAGAUUGUCGCAAGUAUCGAGGAGUCUGCAUCGGAUGGUUCUGGACAUUUACUUCACACUCCUUACGAUCCAGCAUGAGAUCAAUCAACAUAGUCAAGGCAGCGACGCGCAGCCACUUCGGGUGGAGCGUGGGAUUCAGAAAAAGUUGGACCAGGUGCGAGAGGAACAUUCUUUUCUGUUCGACCUGGCGGCAAACUGUGGACAGCAAGCUCCUCCACUAAUGGCGCUGGUGACAGUCACCUUCUUCCACGCUCUGGAGAUCUACCUUGUCCGUAGCCGAAACUCAGCUCUGGGUGAGGUACCAACCCCGGGGAGCGUACAAAGAUCCCUGAAAGAGCUCAUUAACACGGCGUACUACGCUAUGGCUGCUGGACCGGUACAACUCUUGGAGCGGUUCCAGUGGGCGCUGUUGAUAGCUGGCAUAGAGACACAGGACCCGGUACAUCGAGAUUGGAUCUCAGUGAGUAUUUCAGAUCCCGCUAUAAAGGGGAUUUACGAUGCUGUUCUGGCGGCUAAGACGCCGUCGGGAAUAUCAAUGAGGGCGGUCCGAGAGUUGGUUGGGAGACGGUGUGGCGGACGACACUGA